AACCGACCGGGGACGGACGCCCACGGCCACCCGCACGGCCGCACCCCACCUCCUGACCUCCGCAUCCGCGUGCGCCUGCGAGUUCCCCCCGAACUCGCCGGCCACCGCCGCUCCCGACCGCACCAACGCCAGGCCGCCGCCGCUGCGUCCGAGCCUCCCCGCGCACUGCAGCGUCCCCGUGGAAGCGGGCGCGGGCUCGUCUCUCCUUCACGCGCGCCCCGUCGGCCAGGAACCCGCUAAGGCCACCCGUCGCCACGCGCCCACGCCGGAGUUGUGCCCCCGGCCGCAGGGGGGGCGUUGGUUUGCGUGCGCAUCCCCGUAGCUGCCACGCGGAUGUCGCGGUGCGUGGCUCGCUGAGGAGGGGCGGCCGAGAGGGGCACAGAGCGGGCGGGAGGAACCGGGAUCCGGGUUUUGGUCGGCGAGGUGGCGGUGUCCAUUGAGAUCGGAUCCAUGGGCUCGUCCUCCCAGCAGGAUUCGGCCUCCGCGCCAGGAAGUUUGGAGGGUGUUGAUGGCAGCAGAAGCAUCAUCAGCAGGUGGACAAAAAUGACGAGCACAGAUACAUGGAGAUGGUACCUCGGGUUGAUUUACAUUGUUGCUGUGGCGAGCAUAUGGAUUGCCGCUAGCUACAUUGUGCAGUCUGUUGUUGAUGGUGGUGUUUCGCCGUUCUUGAUCACCUACAUAUGUAACUCGCUGUUUGUUGUCUACAUUCCCAUAAUCGAGGUUGCCCGGUACUUUGAGGAUUCUGUCAGCAACUUUUGGACAAAGUUGAAAUGCAAGAAUGCUGAAAGCCUGCAGCAGCCUGCAGAUCUGGAGAGUGUGAAUCUUCUCCAAAGUGGUGGACAUGAGAUCAAUGCAGCCUCGGAUCAAUCACAAACAAGGUCACCUGAAGACACUUCAAUUCCAGAUGCAAGCUUCCCUGCCCAGACAAAACUUAAUGUUGCAGAUUGCAGCAAAGGAUUGGAUGCAAAAGGACGCUGGACGCGCGCUCGUGUAGCCAAAGUCAGCAUGGUAGUCUGCCCUUUUUGGUUCCUUGCCCAGCUAACAUUCAACCUGUCUCUAAGAUACACCACUGUUACGUCAAACACGAUCCUGAGCACCACGUCAAGCCUCUUCACUUUCUUGGUUGCAUUAGUAUUUCUUGGAGAAACAUUCACAUGGUUGAAGCUAGUCAGUGUGCUUCUCUGCAUGGGAGGAACAAUAAUUGUUAGCCUGGCUGAUUCAAGUAGCACGGUUAAUGCUAUUGCCACAAACCCUCUUCUCGGAGAUUUCCUUUCUAUUUUUUCUGCUGGUUGUUAUGCUAUAUAUAUCACCUUGAUAAGAAAAAAAUUGCCUGAUGAGAAGGAAGGUGAAGGCCAAGUGAGUAUGGCUCAGUUCCUGGGGUUCCUUGGACUGUUUAAUAUGUUGUUUUUCCUCCCUGUUGCGUUGGUGUUGAAUUUUGCCAAGCUGGAGCCGUUCCACAGGCUGACAUGGGAGCAAGUUGGUCUUAUUGUCGGAAAAGGUUUGUUAGACAAUGUUUUGAGCGACUACCUGUGGGCGAAAGCGGUCCUUCUCACAACAACUACAGUCGCUACGGCUGGCCUCACAAUUCAAGUCCCAAUUGCUGCCAUUGUGGACACGCUCACUGGUCAUGCCCCGCAUCUACUGAGCUAUGUUGGAGCUGCUGCUGUACUUGUUGGUUUUGCUGGAAUCAACAUCCCAGCUGGAGAGUCUCCACAGGCUGCUCAGCAAGAGCAGGAAACUCCAAUUGUAAGCAUGGUUGAUGAGCCGCUUCAUUUGCCCAGCAGUAGGAAUGCUACUGAUGCUAUCUCAUAGUCGCAGCCUGGUUUGUUUGUUUAGAGUUCUUGCGACAGCGUGUAAUUAUCAAGCAAUGUCUUUAAUAUUCCCUUUGAACCGUGACACCUGAACAGAAGAGAUGGACAUGAGUUAGGAGUAGCGUACCUUCAGCAACAAGGGUUUUGGGCUUUGUAUUUAUCGUGUAAUUCAUUACAUCUGUACAACCGAGUCUCAUAUUGGGACAUAAAUAAAACCCAUCUGGCCAUAUGUAAGAUCUUCUGUACAUGGUGAAAUGAUGUUAUUUGUUACGGCAA